AUGUUAGAUGAUGUAUGUAAAAAAAGGUGGGCAAACAUACGGGACCAGUUCAAAAAACAUAGAAACAACCGUAAAACCAAGAGUGGACAGGGUGCUGUGGCUAUAAAAAAAUAUAAAUAUGAAGAGAGCUUGAAUUUUUUACUGCCUCAUAUACAGGAUCGAAAUACAAUAACAAGUAUCGAGUCUGAGAACGAAGAGACACUAAACGAAACGGUUACUACGCCAGUUACUACGCCCAACGAAACAAUUAACACCGAUGAACAGCAGCAGCAGGAAGAUCGCUCACCAGCUAUUAGUGAACCAAAUUUUACGCCACCUGUUGAUCCGAAUCCAUAUCCCCCGUCAACUGCACAAUUCACUCGUUCCAGCAACCGCAAUCGCAAUGCAACCGUUGCAACUGCACACAAUUGCCAUCGUAUAGUGCCACAAUCCCAGUCCUCUGCGUCAAGCGCAUUAAUGGAAUACAUUCUAAAAAAUAAAGAAAAGUCCAACACACAAGACAUUCAUCCUAUUGAUGCUUUCUUCAACAGUUUGGCAGCCACCAUAAAAUCUUUUUCCCCUUACUAUCAGCAUCUUGCAAAAGGAAGAAUAUUUGCAGUAGUACAAGAUUUGGAGUGGGAGCAAUUGUCAUCAGAGCCUUCUUCUUACACAUCUCCAAUGAGUGGAACAACGUCGGCGUCGUCUACUAAUUCAAGAUCGGUGUAUACACCGGUUCCGAUGACUACACCAACGCCAACACCGGAAUCAACGCCUACGGAACCUACGCCUUCGGAACCUUCGCCUUCGGAAUUUACGCCUUUGGAAUCUAAUAAUUUGUCUACUUUAUUUUCAGAGUUCACGGCAGACUAA